AUGGCGGCUCUGAUAAGGCUGAAUGUCCUCUGCAGUGCCCGAGGAGGCUGAGCUCUCUUCCUCCGAACCCCCGUGGUGAGACCUGCUUGUGUCUCAGCAUUUCUCCAGGAUUCACAUACCCCAGGCUGGUGUGGAACACAGAACAUUCACCCGUCACCAAGCCGACAUGCCGGAUCCACAGCGGCAUCUCUCCACUGGACUGGCGAGAGGGUUCUCGCUGUUGGCCUCUUGGGCCUGCUUCCAACUGCAUAUUUGAAUCCUUGCACUGCGGUGGACUACUGUCUGGCUGCAGCCCUCACACUCCAUAGUUACUGGGGGCUUGGACAAUUUGUUACUGAUUAUGUUCACGGAGACACGUUGCCAAAGGUUGCUAGAGCAGCCCUGGUGCUUUUCUCCUCUGUAACCUUUGCUGGGCUUUGUUAUUUCAACUAUCACGAUGUAGGCAUCUGCAGGGCCCUGGCCAUGUUGUGGAAGCUCUAACUUCACCCAUUAAGAAUUGACUGUAUGCACCUUUGUCUCUUCUCUGUCAUGCCAUUCAGCUUACAAUAAAAAAAAGAAAUAACAGAUGAGUACACUGUUGGAUAAACCUCCUGAUUAUGUGGUUAUUUUCAGAAUUUAAUGUGGAGGAAAAUUUUGAGAGGAAUUAGAUCUAAGAAACUGACACUGAGUUCUGUGUUGUGGUGAGUAAAUCCAUUGUCUUCCCACCUCAUAAAACCACUGGUGUCAACAGUAUAUGUGGUUGGUUUCUUUGUUUUUAUUUUUAGUUUCUUUGCCUUUUAACUUAUCAAUUUAUCAAUCUCUUAAAAGAAUUCA